UGCAGCACCCGCCACUGAAUGAAGAGUUGUGUGUUGCUCAGCAAAGUUGUGGGUCUGUUUCUCCGCUGGCCUUGGUGUAAUCACUUCUUCCAGUCCGAAGUGGAAGAAAUAUUUACCGCAAGAAGCAACUCAGUGAGCGUGGUGAGUCCUGAGGACACUGCAAAUAUGAAUGGUGAGUGUUUUUGUGUUCAAAGAUAUCUGAUCUCUACAAACAUAUCAAUUCACCUGAUGCUAAAUCCUUUGUACAAAUUUGAAGAAAAGUCGCUACCACGCGCCUCCUCUCCUCUCCGGUUCUGUCCUCAGGUCUUCAGAUGUCUCAGAGCUGUGAAUUGUCUCUGCCCUGCUGUGGAGACGGGGGGUCACUGUCGAGCUCCAAGGCCCCCCAAGUCAGUGGGGUCAGGGUUCAGCUGGAGAUGCAGGCCCUUUGGCAGCAGUUCGACCAGCUGGGCACAGAGAUGAUCGUUACCAAAGCCGGGAGGAGGAUGUUUCCGACAUUCCAAGUGCGGAUCUCUGGGAUGGAGCCUUCUGCUGAAUAUGUGCUACUCAUGGACUUUAUCCCCGUUGAUGACAAAAGAUACAGAUACGCCUUCCACAGCUCAUCCUGGCUGGUGGCAGGGCGGGCAGACGUCGCAGCCCCGAGCAGGAUGCAUUUCCACCCGGACUCACCUGCCCGUGGAGCCCAGUGGAUGAAGCAGACCGUUUCCUUCGACACUCUCAAGCUCACCAACAACCUGCUGGAUGACAACGGACACAUGAUACUGAACUCCAUGCAUCGCUACCAGCCGCGUUUCCAUGUGGUGUACGCCGACCCGGCUCCUGACAGCCAUUUAAACGCAUACAGGAACUUCUGCACGUUCUCCUUCCCUGAGACACGGUUCAUGGCCGUCACUGCUUAUCAGAACCACAGGAUCACUCAGCUAAAAAUUGCAAGCAACCCGUUUGCUAAAGGCUUCAGGACCACAGACCCCCAGACUUGGUAA